CACUCCGCGAAAGAAUUUCGACGGCAGUACACUGUGCUCGAGGAGAUCGGCCGUGGCGGUUUCGGUAUCGUCUAUCGAGCUGUCCGAAUCGCUGACGGUCUGCCAGUGGCUGUGAAAUUCGUCGAACACAAACACGUUCGCGAAUGGACCUUGACAGGCAACCAAUUGAUACCCUCGGAAGUAUGUCAUCUGGAAACGUGCAGUGAUGUGCCGGGUGUAAUUCAACUGAUCGAUUGGUUUGCCAACUCGAAAGGCUUUCUGAUAGUUAUGGAGCGACCAGAGAACUGCAUGGAUAUCUUCGACCUGAUCUCGACAUAUGGGAAACUUGACGAA